UUAAAGUCCGCUUGUUGUGAGUGACACCCGCAAAGAAAUGGCUGUGCAGUUGGUUAUGCAAGCUUUCAUGCUUCUGCUUACAUACGAAUUAGCAGAAGCAGCACCUCCUAUAGCAAAACCCAAUUGUAAAAGUAGGUGUGGAAACCUUCAAAUUCCAUACCCAUUUGGAAUUGGACCCGAUUGUUACUUGGACAAGUGGUUCGAAAUUGUUUGCAAUGGAACUGGUGGCUCUGCUCAAGCCUUCUUAACAAGUAUUGAUAAGGAGGUGCGGCAAAUCAAUAUUAUUAGCAAUUCAAGUACCAACAAAUUUAUUGUGCCUACAGUUCAGGUCCAAGUGCCAACAAUUUAUUCCAAGUAUUGUAGGUACCCGGGAAAUCACAGCAUCAUCAACAUCACAGGUAGUCCUUUUCACUUCUCCCAUUAUCAUAACACAUUCGUUUCUGUCGGCUGCGACAACAAUGCAAUUAUAGCAAAUAUUUUUCCUAAGGUUUUCGGAUGCGAGUCGGAUUGCAAGAAAGACAUGAAGGUAGAAAAAGAAGUUAAAUGCUCGGGUUUGAACUGCUGCGAGUCGACGAAUAUCCCUUCAAAACUUCAAACAUUUGAUGUUAUUUUCAGAAGUAGAAACAAAUCAAAUGACAAAGACGAAGGGAUAAAGCAUUGCAAAUAUGCCUUCCUAGCAGACAAAGAGUGGUUGGAGAAAAGCAAACGAGAUCCCUCUUCUGUGCAAUAUUGGGAAUACGUUCCUGUGGUGCUGGAGUGGGCCAUACUUCUCCGGAACAACAAUUCACAUAAGUUGUAUCACUUCCUCGAAGGUAGGCGCAAAGUCAGUUGUUAUAUCUCUGACGAGAACAAAGACUACUUCUACAGCUUUUUUUGUCACUGUGCUCCCGGAUACAAAGGAAAUCCUUAUGUUGAUGGUGGAUGUGAAGAUAUUAAUGAAUGUGAAGAACAUCUCAAUAAUUGCAAAAGCAAGUUGGAUUGUGAGAACACAGAAGGUGCUUAUAAUUGUGAGAAGCGAAAAUCUAAAUUGAAGAUCGUCAUUGUAGGUUUUGGUACAAGCCUUGGAGUAUUAUUUCUACCAACUACAUGGGUUUUAUACAAACUGAUUAAGAAGAGAUACAAAAUCAAGCUCAAGAAAAAGUUCUUCAAAAAGAAUGGCGGUUUAUUGUUACAACAACAAUUAUCUUCAACUGAAAAUAAUGUUCAAAAUACAAAAUUGUUCAAUUCCAAGGAGUUGGAAAAGGCAACAGACCAUUUUAGUAAAGAUAGAAUAAUUGGAAAGGGUGGACAAGGUACUGUUUACAAAGGAAUGUUGGGUGAUGGACAAAUUAUUGCAAUAAAAAAGUGCAACAUUGUGGAUAAAGCCAGUCUCGAACACUUCAUAAAUGAGAUUGUCAUUCUUUCACAAAUCAACCAUAGAAAUGUGGUUAAGCUACUUGGGUGUUGUUUGGAGACAGAAGUUCCUUUGUUGAUAUACGAAUUCAUCCCAAAUGGGACACUUUUCCAAUAUAUCCAUGAAGAAAAUGAAGGGAUUCAAUUAACAUGGGCUAUGCGCUUAAAGAUUGCCAUAGAAAUUGCAGGAGCUCUUUCCUACCUACACUCAACAGCUUCUUUAGCAAUUUAUCAUCGAGACAUAAAGUCCACAAACAUACUUUUAGAUGAAAAGUACAGAGCCAAAGUAGCGGAUUUUGGGACAUCAAAAAUGGUGAAGAUUGACCAAACUCAUGUAACCACCCAAGUUCAGGGAACUUUUGGGUACUUGGACCCAGAAUAUUUCCAAACAGGUCAAUUUACAGAAAAGAGUGAUGUGUAUAGCUUUGGAGUAGUCCUUGUUGAGCUCUUAACCGGAGAAAAACCUGUUUCUUCAACAAGGUCGGAAGAAGGUAGAAGUCUAUCUGCAUAUUUCAUUCUUUCAAUGGAAGAAAACCGUCUCUUUGAUAUUCUUGAUGACUGUGUAAGGAAAGAAGGUGAUAAAGAAGACAUCAUCAUAGUUGCUAAUCUUGCAAAAAAAUGUUUGCACUUGAAUGGGAAAGAACGUCCUACAAUGGGGGAGGUCGCAAUGGAAUUACACGGAAUCCAAAAAAAAGAUACUAAUGGUCAAGAAAAUUAUGAAGAACUUCAUAUUGUUAGAAGCAAAGAAAUUGAUCCUUCAUAUGCUUGCUCUACAUCAACACAAUCAUAUUCAGAAAUUGCUUCAUCUUCGUCAUCAAUUGUCCUACCAUCAUCAUCUUUCAAAUCACUAUGAUUAAUAAACUAUUU